CGAAUAACUUGCUGCAUUUAAUAGUCUCUCUGGACCCAGAGAGCUGUGCUGGCUUCUUGAACGCGUUGACCUUCGCGAAAGGCUCUGACUGACGCUUGUUACAUUCAACAAAGGGCCCGCUGCGUCAUUGACAUUACAAUAUACUAGUUUGACGACGCUCUCGCCUCCCUCCGUAGACAUAGGCGGAAUUUGCAUCAGUGGGGGCCAAGCAGGAGACCGGCUCCCGAACUCCACGCACAGGCUUUCUAACUUUUGCUGUUGGCCAGCCCAGACAGCAGCUACCUUUGCCUUCCUGCCGCUCUCGGCGGUUCAGGCCAUCACUCCGACCUUCCUUGAGCAAGGGAACAGCAAAUGCCGCUGAUUUACAGCUCGGUCUCGCAAGGGACCGUAACGUUGGCAGAAUAUGCGGCGUUUAGUGGAAAUUUUGGGGCUGUCGCCAAAGACUACCUGGAGAAGGCCGGGAAGAAUGAGGGCAAGUUCACCUUCAACGUGGACGGCCACACCUUCAACUUCCUCAACCGCGGCGGAUUCACCUACCUGGUGGUUGCUGAUGAGGCGUACGGGCGAGCCAUCCCCAGCGCCUUCCUGGACAAGAUGGCCUCAGAGUUUGCCAUGAAGUUCGCAGACAAAGCCGCGGGCGCCAAGGAGGGCGGCCUCAACGGCUCGUUCGGCAAGCAGCUCAAGUCAAUGAUGGAGCACGCGACGCAGUACCCGGAGGAGUACUCCAAGGUGGCGUCCGUGCAGAAGAAGGUGGAUGAGGUGAAGGGCAUCAUGACGGAGAACAUCGAGAAGGUGCUGGCGCGCGGCGAGAAGCUGGAGCUGCUGACCGACAAGACCGAGAACCUCAUGAACGAGGCCGACCGCUUCCAGCGGACAGGCCGCACGUUGCGCCGCAAGAUGUGGUGGCAGAACUGCAAGAUGAAGAUCGUGGUGGCUCUGGCGGUCAUCCUGCUGGCGGUGGUCAUCUUCCUGCUGGUCUGCUUCUCGGGCGGCAACUGCCUCAAGUAAACGGCUCAUUCGUGAUACUUGCCUUGCAAGGCUUGGGGCGCGCGUGUCCUGCGUGCUGGAGAGGGGCGCUGGACGGCGGUCACGGCGAUUUGCAUGCUGCCGCCGUUGGCGAUCACGGCGGUUUGCCCGCUUGGUGAAUGGUGAUAACGGGUUCGUGAUGCGCGCCAGUUAGCUGCGCAGUAAAUAGUGUCUGGCCAAGCCAAAUGGAGAUACCAGUGGGGGCAUUCGGUGGGUGAAACGGCGGCAUAGCGUUGGCUCCAUGUGUGGUGUUUCGAGGGCGCUAGGGUUGGCGAGCGCGCUGUUUCGUGGAACUGGUGCGGAUGAGGCUCUUUCAAAGGAAAGCUCGAUAUGUGGGUGCAAUGGGACACGGCAAGGGAAGCAAGUUCGCAAAAGACGGGACGCUUUGACGGGAAUGUAAGACCCCGCACUU